CGAAUGCGGCUUUUGCAGUAUGCUCAAGCAAGGUGAAAUCAAAUAUUUUCAACUGGAAGAUCGAGUCGCUCGAGCCAACUGAAUUGUGAGGAAGAGGAAGCAAUGAGAAAGAGGAACUAGAGUAUUAAAAAUUUUCUAUGGAAAGAUUUUCUCACUUUCAGUCGUUCUGACGGAUGAAUGUACUUCCGAGAUUACUUUUUGGAUGAGGUCUAACACCGAUUAAGCACGCCCUCCCUUCCUUUUUCUUUAGUGAAACCGUUUCAUUUUGCAUGUGCUGCAUAGGCUGUUCUCAUCCUGUCACCUUAGAUAAAGUUAGCAAACGUAUUUUACCAAAAAAACAGGUUGUUACGUUGGGCUUUUGAAAUUGCUAGCUGACUGGCUAACAGGUCCCGGAAGAAGCGAGAGGGGGUGACCAUAAACAGCUGCGGGUGAGAGAUGUCGGACUGGAACAUGGGCCUGGUGACUCUGAGAGAGGGCGUACUCAGCAAACUGGCAGAUUUGCUGGACAACCCAAAGUGUGGCUGGAGACAACUGGCGGAUGCUGUGAAUACACAGCCCCAAUUUCGAUGCAGUGAGAAGGAGCUGAUUGGCUGCUCUGUCCAGGUGCUGAGUGCAAAGGGCAGCCCCAGCCGCUUGCUGUUGGCCAAGCUGGCCGACCGUGCCGUCUCCCUGAGUUUCCUGCUGCAGUGCCUGAAGAAGAUUGAGCACCGGGAGGCUGUGCAGUUCCUCACCUCUAUAGUGGAGCAGAUCCGGAUUGCAGUGCAGCCGCAGUCCCAGCGCGUACCAGAAGGGGGCAGAGUGGUGCUCAGCUGUCAGGCCAGUGGUUUACCAGGAAUGGGGUACCAGUGGUUCAAGGGAAAAGAAGAGGUGCCAAAUGGCAGUGCCCCUGAUCUGAUCCUAAACCAUUUCAGUCUGAAUCAGCAGGGAUACUACAUCUGCCGUGUCAACCACGGGGAGAACUUUGUCUUCUCCCAAUGGGCUCAGGUCACCGCUACCGUGUCUGAGAACUCCAGCUCAGCUAACAGUGGCGGCUUCUUCCCCUCCUCAGCGAGUGGACUAAUUAUUAUCCAGCAGCCCCGGAGCCUGACCAUCGCCGAGGGAGACAGCCUUUGUCUGGAGUGCAGGUCUGAGGGAAACCCUCCUCCACAGUACCAGUGGUACCACAACAAGCAGCCUCUGUUACCGGCCAACAAGCCCAGUCUCAAGGUUCCCCGCGUGACCACGGCUGACCGUGGGAAGUACAGCUGCAGGGUGUACAAUUUCUACCACGAGGUGUGGAGUGACCAGGUCCACGUAGAAAUCGGCCCUGGUUCCCUGUGUGGAGCCACCUGGGAUGACACCGAUGACAGUGCGUCCCUUGCUAACUGACAAAAAAUGUAAGCAAAUGUAAACAUGUACACUGAAAUGUUCCCCCCGCCCCCACACCUGUGCCACACAGCCACAGACAAGGUGGCCCUUCUCGUUGGCAACAUGAACUACCAGUACCACCGUCAGCUGCGGGCUCCUAUGGCCGACGUGCACGAGCUCACCAACCUGCUGCGGCAGCUGGACUUCAAAGUGGUGUCCCUGCUGGACCUCAACCGGCAGGAGAUGUACAGCGCAGUGACCGAGUUUCUGCUGCUGCUCGACCGCGGCGUGUACGGCUUGCUGUACUUUGCGGGUCACGGCUACGAGAACUACGGGAACAGCUUCAUGGUUCCCAUCGACGCCCCGGCCUCCUACACCUCGGAGCACUGUCUGUGGGUGCAGGACGUGCUGCAGCGCAUGCAGGAGCGCGAGACCGGCCUCAACGUCUUCCUGCUGGACAUGUGUCGCAAGCGAAACCUGAAUGAUGACAUCAUUCAACAGCCUGGGCCCCUGAAGGUGACGGCAAACAUUGUGUUUGGCUAUGCCACUUGUGUGGACGCCGAGGCAUACGAGGUGAAUAAGGACGACCUGUCCAACGGAAUCUUCAUCAGCUUCCUGAAGAAGCGCCUCCUGGAGGAGGAGAAGGUCACCGUCAUGCUGGACCGGGUGGCCGAAGAUAUGGGUCAGUGUGAGAUCACGCGUGGGCGCCAGGCUCUGGAGCUGCGCAGUAAUCUGUCGGAGCGUCGUGCUCUGACCGACCGCAUCCAGAGCUCAGACUGCCCUGUGGCCACCUCCGCCCGGAACCUGCAGUGGUCCAUCGCACACGUGCUCCCGGAUAGCCGGCACCUGCUGUUUGACUGUGGCGUGAAGGUGCAGCUGGGCUUUGCUGCCGAGUUUUCCAACAUCAUGAUCAUUUACACUCGCAUCCUGGACCAGCCCCAGGACAUUAUCUCCUGUACGGCCCAGCUCUCAGACUUCUCAGAGGGUGUUGAUGUGGAUUUGAAGCUGACCAAUCAGGAGAAUCCCUGGGAUGCGGGCAGUUUGCUGUUUACUUUGGACAACGUGGGCCGGCAAGGGGUCCCCAAACUCUACACCCGCCUCCGGGCACUGCAACGACUCAAGAUGGAACUCAAGUUCACCGUGUGUCUUCAUUACCAGUACUCCAAUAUGGACGAAGAGGUACAGGAAAAGCAAACGGUCACCGUCGGCAAACCGCUGGUAGCGAAGCUCAACCUCCACGAGCCGCGGCUGCCCCGCUCUUUCUCGGCGUCCUCCUCCGGCGACCUGAACACCUUCAGUUUACCGGAGUCCUCCUCCUUCCCAGAAGGCUUGGAAGCCAGCGCCCUGGCCUCAGAGACUUCCUCGCUGGGCUCCGCCUCUACCUGCUGGUCCUACUUCUCGCAGGUGGGAGAGGCUGCCGGCAACGCGAAGCAAGCCAACGUGCCCGAGGAGACGCUCAGCCCGGAGUUCCUGGAGCCGGACCAGCCCCAGCCCCUCUCCGCCGAAUGCAAGAGCAUGCCACAGGACCGUUUGGAGGACCAGCUCCGUACAAAACUGAACUUCCACUCCUGCUAGUCUUGGCUUAUGCAAAUGCUUCCGUUUUUUUCCCACUCUUGUUCCUCCCCAGUUUUAUUUAUGAAUACAACUGACUUUUACUACAGAUUGUUACUACCAUAAUUAUGUUAUACAGUGGAGUAAAAAUGUAGAAAAAAAUAGAUUUUUAUACUACUACGGCAUUAGAGGGCAGCUGCACCUGAUAGUGCCACUCAAACCUGCUGCUUAGCACUUUUACGAUUGUGAAGCUUUUUGAGUAAAAUGGUUGGAUGUUAAUUAUGACAGUAAUAAUAAUUGAAUAGUGUCAUUUAGAAAUUACAUUACAUUCUAUGUUAAUGACAGAUGAGGUUCUUGCAGGAAGGGUAUAUUGCUCAUUAAACAAACAGAUAUCCACCUACUCCAGACUGUCAGUGAAUUUUCCAGCAAAAGCAUUUGUGAAAGUAAACAGAAUUAUAGGAUAGCACAAAACUAAUGCUUCUAUUGUCUAUUGAUUCUCCAUCCAUAUUCCAGGAAAAAGUAGAAUUAGAAUUAAAGGGCAAAAGAAGACCUGUAUUAAAGACAAUACAGUGUAAUAUUUACACUCCAUACAAUUCCAUCCAUAUUGAAUAAACUCGUAAAAAAAACCCUGUAUUGUGAAUCUUUGU